UUUAUUAAAAAAAAAAAAAAAAAAAAAAAAAAAAAAAAAAAAAACGGGUGAAAACUCUCACAGCAAAAGCCAACCAAACUCCCACCUUCCACCCAACUCAAAAUCCUCUAAACAUCAAAACCACGCCAACAAUUACUAAAUCUUGUUUCCUGUUUUCGAUUAUCUGCAGAUUUGAAUUGAGCCCAGAAUUUUGAAUGGAGAUAUGAAGAAGGUGAAGAACUACUAUCUACAGAUGAAACACCCACAGAAGUUGGAGAAGAAAUGGAUCUUCCCACUCGCCAUCGGCUCCAUAGUUUCACUCUUCAUUCUCUUCUUAACCACGCUAACCUCUCCCGACGGCACGCCACUCUUCCCUCUCCGCCGCUACUACUCCUCCUCCUCCGCCGCCGCCGCCUCCGCCUCUAUCUUCGUCGAGUCGAAGCUCAACCCUCUCCCGAUUUCCAGCCUCCCUCCGCCGCCGCGGUUCGCCUACUUGAUAUCGGGCUCCGCCGGCGAUGGGCCGAUGCUCCGCCGCACGCUUGAGGCGCUCUACCACCCCAACAACCAGUACGUUGUCCACCUCGACGCCGAGUCCUCCGCCGAGGAGCGGCUCGAUCUGUACAAUUACGUAACUGCCCACUUCGUUUUCCUGAGAUUCGAGAAUGUUCGGAUGAUUACCAAGGCUAAUUUGGUCACUUACCGUGGUCCUACUAUGGUGGCGAAUACACUCCACGCGGCGGCUAUCUUGCUGAAGGAAGGUGGGGAAUGGGAUUGGUUCAUUAAUCUCAGCGCCUCCGAUUACCCUCUCGUUACUCAAGAUGAUCUGCUGCAUACGUUUUCGUACUUGCCCCGGGAUCUUAAUUUCAUCGAUCAUACAAGUGAUAUUGGCUGGAAAGAGUUUCAGAGGGCGAAGCCGAUUAUCAUCGAUCCAGGGCUGUACAUGACGAAAAAGACCGAUGUGUUUUGGAUCACACAGCGAAGAAGUGUGCCGACUGCAUUUAAACUCUUUACAGGAUCUGCUUGGAUGGUACUGUCUCGACCGUUCAUCGACUACGUCAUAUGGGGUUGGGACAAUCUACCUCGAACUGUACUAAUGUACUACGCAAACUUCAUAUCUUCGCCAGAAGGCUAUUUCCACACGAUCAUAUGCAAUGCUCGAGAAUUCCGAAACACGACGGUGAACAGUGAUCUCCACUUCAUAUCAUGGGACAACCCUCCUAAGCAGCACCCUCACUACCUUAACUCUGAAGACAUGCAAAAAAUGAUCGAAAGUAACGCCCCUUUUGCUAGAAAGUUCCAUCACAACGAACCCGUGCUUGAUAAAAUCGACGAGGAGCUUUUGUUUAGGGGAAAAGACAGAUUUGUCCCCGGUGGAUGGUGCAUAGGUGGCACUGAAAACGGGACCGACCCUUGUUCGGUUGUUGGGAAUACUACUGUUCUCAGACCUACCGGCGGUGCGAAGAGACUAGAGAAUAUUAUGAGCUCUCUUCUUUCGGACGAUAACUUUAGACCUCGGCAGUGCAAAUAGCAAAAUGGUGUUCGGCAUUUUAGCCAAUCUGUUUUAUGCGGGGUAAAAAUAUUUUAAAAAAAUCCUGCUCGGAGCUCAAUGUAAGAAUUCAAGAUUUCGAAUUCUAAAUUGCAGAACGAUCGACCUUUGUGGGGUGGCAGUGUAUUUCUUUGACGUGUAAUUACUCGGUUUGUAAAGAAACGGGAGUCAUCGAAAUGAUGCAUGUGGUAGUAAGCCGUGGGGGCACUAUUUUUAGUUAGGUGAAUUUUUACGACGAGUUUUUGUUUGUUGUUGGUUUUGUCGGUAUUCACCUAACUAUUUUUAGUUGGGUGAAUUUCACUAUAUUAUGAGCUGUGAUGGGAGUAAAAUGAAGAUUACAGAUGGCAGCUCUCUUCUCUUUAUUUGUGUUUUCAAGCAUACAUUAGAUAUUA